CAAUUGUUUUGUUUUAUUUUAUUUGCGCAGGCUGUUUUGUUUAUAGUUUCUUACCAUGACUAUAAACUUUAAUAUUGGGCUGCUUGGACAUGUGGACAGCGGAAAGACCACACUGGCCAAGGCCUUGAGUUCAAUUUCCAGCACAGCCGCCUUCGACAAGAAUCCCCAGUCCGUUGAACGCGGAAUAACCUUGGAUCUGGGCUUCAGUGGACUUUUGGUGGAUGAACAACUCCAGUUUACCUUUGUGGACUGUCCCGGCCAUGCAAGUCUCAUACGCACUAUCAUAGGAGGUGCCCAGAUCAUAGAUCUUAUGCUUCUAGUGGUGGACGCUCAAAAGGGCAUCCAAACUCAGACAGCAGAGUGUCUGAUCAUCGGGGAAUUGCUGCAGAAAAAGAUGAUUGUGGUGAUCAACAAAAUAGAUAUUUAUCCAGAGGAUCAGAGGGAGUCAAAGCUUGAGAAGCUCCGCUUGCGCCUCUCCAAGACCUUGGCAGCCACCAGUUUUGGUGGUCAAGUGCCGAUCUAUGCUGUGUCUGCUCUCGAAGGAACCAACAUCCCAGAGUUACGGAGCGGUCUGAAGGAAGCGUAUUUCCAGCCGCAAAGGAACGUAUCCGAUCCCUUGCUCAUGUACGUUGACCACUGUUUCGGAAUAAAAGGGCAGGGAACCGUUUGCACGGGUACCCUGCUUCAGGGAAAGGUUCAGGUCAACGAUGUGAUUGAGCUGCCAGCUCUUGGAGAGCAAAGGAAAGUGAAAUCCAUGCAGAUGUUCCGUCAGAACGUAACCAGCGCAUCCAUGGGCGAUCGAAUCGGACUUUGUGUGACCCAGUUUAAUGCCAAGCUGCUGGAACGCGGUGUCAUCUCACAACCAGGUUACCUGAAACCCAUCUACGCCGUGUGCCUGCACCUCAAACCAAUUCGCUACUACAAACAGGCCAUAAAAUCGAAGAGCAAGCUGCACAUAUCCGUGGGACAUGACACGGUAAUGGCCAACGUCACAUUGUUUCGGGAUGUGGACAAUACAUCACCUGAAUUUCAUCUGGAGAAAGAGUACGAGUAUGUGGAGGAAGUACAGCCUGCAGAGGCCAAAGCUACAGAUGUCAUAUAUGCCCUGUUGCAGUUCGAAACACCUGUAUUGACCCCACCAAAUUCAACACUCAUUGCCUCAAAACUAGACAUGGAUGUCCACAGUAGCAGCUGUCGAUUGGCCUUCUGGGGACGCAUCGCCUGGCAGACCCAAAGCUCCAACUACAUUCAGGAAGAGCUGCCAAAACUACGCAUCUUCAAGCGGAAACAGAAAGUGGGAAACAUUCAGCGAGUGGUGAACGCUAAUGAAGUAAUUGUUCAGAACCUAUUCAAAAAGGAGGCCAAACGUGAUCUGUACGUUGGUAAGCUGGUGGAGCUGUCCUCCGGAGAAAAAGGUCGGAUAGAUCGUACUUUUGGACAGACAUCCAAAGUAGCAAUAACUUUUACAGAAGCUCUAUCGCCAGAAACAAUAACCAAUGUUAAAAAUGUGCAGGUGUUACUUAAUUGUAAGAAAUAUGUGUUCAAUAAACAGGCGGGACUGUUUCAAUGA